UCCGCGGUUGCUAAGGCAACUGGGCGGCGCCAGUGAAAGCGGGAAGACGGCGUACGUCGAAUUUUUGCCUGCUAACCUGGGAGACUUUCAAGAGUGGCGCUGCCUGAGCUUCCAGCCUUAGAGACCACGGCCUCUGCUCCAGGAGGUGCCCUUACCCCUCGGAGCCAUGGGCCGGAUCUCGGGGCUCGUGCCCUCUCGCUUCCUGACGCUCCUGGCGCAUCUGGUCGUCGUCAUCACCUUAUUCUGGUCCCGGGACAGCAACAUCCAGGCCUGCCUGCCUCUCACGUUUACCCCUGAGGAGUAUGAGAAGCAGGACAUUCAGCUGGUGGCAGCGCUGUCUGUCACCCUGGGCCUCUUUGCAGUGGAGCUGGCCGGUUUCUUCUCAGGAGUUUCCAUGUUCAACAGUACCCAGAGCCUCAUCUCCAUCGGGGCUCACUGUAGUGCGUCUGUGGCACUAUCCUUUUUCAUAUUUGAGCGUUGGGAGUGCACCACAUACUGGUACAUUUUUGUCUUCUGCAGUGCCCUCCCAGCUGUCACUGAAAUGGCAUUAUUCAUCAGCGUCUUUGGGUUGAAAAAGAAACCUUUCUGAUCACUUUCAUGGGAGCCUAGGGAGGAAGGCUGGAGAAGCAAGGGACCAUUGACCGUUCCUGGAAGGAGGAAAGCAAAAUCUUCAACCUUCCCCCGUAAGACUGCAUUUGGUGGAGGAUUUUAAAGUAAUUAUCUGUCGAGUCUGGGAUUAUCAGCGUUUUAUUUAAUGAUUUGUAAUAAAACCUAUUUUAGAGUAAGAUCAAGGCUUACAAAAAUUUCAGAGGAGAAUUGGGGUAGCCAAACUACUAGAGAAACGGAAGGCUGUUUUCCUUGCAGAUUGUAUCGCUUUUUUGGUUAUUACGGUAGACGCCGGGCAGAAGGGAGUGGGCGGAGAUAUGUAAAUAAGUAAUGCCAGCAGGACUGCAAGAUCGUGGAGUGGAGCAUUCUGGGGAAGUUAGUUUAUCCCUUUUGGCAGCCAAAUGGGGAAAAACCUGUAUUUUAAAAAGAUCUGCAAAUAAAUGUAGCAACAGAAAUGUAAGAAUAUGAAUAUUUUAGGUAGCUCCGACUAACAUGUUAUAUUCUCACCCUUGCUUAUAGCGGAAUCUUUUUUACUGAAUAUGGUAAUGCCGUCAGAAGUUCCUUAUCGUCAGGUAGGAUAAUCCUUACCUGUUCCUCUUCGGAGGACAGAUUAGAAUGUGAUGAUUGGAGUUCGCAUGAUUCGUGAUUAACGUCUCUGCGUAAUCAGGUCUUGCAACACCCUGAUUGCUCCUAUCUGAUUCUUCCUGG